GAUUUUAAAGCCUUAUGUUGAUACAUUUUUUUCUCUCUAGUAUUAUGUGCAAAGCUUCAUUGUUAUGCGUCAAAUUAUAAACAACUAGGAAAUUAUAAACAGUUAUGAGUCGUGGCGAUUUUGGUACACCAAUAGUAAAAUAUGGGUCAACAAGUGCCACUUUUUACAGAUCACAAAGAUCUCCUUUAAAUGAAAAGUUUGAUAAACUAGAAGAUAACAUCUCCAGCAAAAUAUUUCAAAUUAAUAAAAAUUUGUCGUCUCUUGAAUCCAUCUCAAAGAAAAUAGAAGAAUCUAAUGAUGAAGCUGUUGAGCAAAAAAUACAUGUCAUAUCAAAAGAAACAAAUCAACUUGCAAAUGAUAUAAGGGAUUUAUUUAAAGAAAUAUCAGAGCUUUUUCAACGAAAUCAGCCAGUUCAUCAAAAUAAUUUUCAACGAAAUCAGCCAGUUCAUCAAAAUAAUUUUCAACGAAAUCAGCCAGUUCAUCAGGUUAAUUUAUCAAUCAAUCAGAACAAACUUAAAAAUGAGUUUGAAAGCUCUUUAACUCGUUAUCAGAAAAUACAAAAUGUCAUAGCAAGUAAAAUGAAAGCUAAUAUACAAAAAGAAAUGAUACCUGAGGCAACAUAUGAUGAGACAGAUGAAAUCACGUUAGUAUCAUAUGAAAGCGAUCAAGAAAAACCUUGUGUGUUAUCAUAUGACACUAAAAAUCUAAAUGAUCAAACAGAAAGGACUCAGUUAGUUAUGCAUGAUUUAGAAGAGCUUAAAGAAAAAGAGAGUCGUUUAAACCAGAUUGAGGAGGAUAUUCUUAAUGUUAAUGAGAUUUUUCGUGACAUGGCAUUGUUGGUGCAUGAACAAGGAAGUACUAUAGAUUCUAUUGAGAGUAAUAUUGAACAUGCUGUCAUUCAAGUAGAGCAAGCAAACUCUGAGCUUAUUAGAGCUACAAAAUACCAGGGUAUGGUUAUGUCAGCAUUUUUUUUUGGCUACAUCCUUACUCAAAUACUUAGUGGUGUUUUUUCUGAUAGAUUUGGUGGUGAAAGAGUUUUGUUUCUGUCAGCAACAAUUUGGUCAAUUUCAACAUUUUUAAUUCCAUUUGUUAAAAAUAUUUUACCUGUAAAUGUUGGUUUCAUAGCUUUGCGAAUUAUUACAGGGGUUGCUCAAGGAUUUUAUUUCCCAGCUCUUACAUCGUUAGUUUCUAAAAACAUUCAUCCAAACAAUCGAAAUUUUGCAUACAGUUUUGCUGCAUCUGGUACAUCUAUGGGAUCAAUAUUCUCUGGUUUGAUUGGAUCUUUGCUUUUAGAUUACAGUGGCUGGCGGAGUGUAUUUUUGUUCAUCGGAAGUUUAUGCAUGAUGUGGGUUUUUAUGCUUAAAAUAUUUAUUCAGCAAGAUUUUAACUAUGAUAAUAUCAUUGUUGUAAACCAGAAUGCUGUAAGCUUUAAUUGGAAAUCUUUGAAAACAAGUAAGCCAUUCUGGACACUUCUGUUUUGUUCGACAUGUGAAUCUUUAGUCUUUACACUUUUGCUAUCAUGGGUGCCAACUUAUUUUCAUGAUGAAUUUCCUCAAAGUAAAGGUUGGUUAUUUAAUGUAAUACCUUGGGUUGCAAGUUUUUUCAUAGAGAACAUUUGCGGUAUAUUGAGCGAUGAAAUGCUAAAAAAAGGCUACACUAGAACGAUGGUACGAAAGCUGCUUGUGAGUGCCGCUUUUUUCCCUCCUGUGGUUUUUUGUUUUAUUCUUAAUCACGUGACUUCUUUUGAAAUGGGUUUGUUCUUGAUGACAUUAAUUAUUGGAGGCAUGGGUGCUAAUAGCAGUGGCAUCGGUAUGAAUCCACAAGAUCUUGCACCAAAUCACGCUGGUUUAAUUUAUGGGGUGGCUAACACUCUUGGUGCAAUUUCAGGAAUGGUUGGCGUAUAUAUUACAGGUCGUAUUUUAGAUGCUACGGAUGAGUGGGCUCUUGUUUUUCAGCUUGUAUCGAUUGUAUCUUUGCUAGGGGGUCUGUCGUUUUUAUUUUUUGGUACAGGGGAAAAAAUAGUUUGAACUUUUUAAUAGGUGCGUAAAUAUUUCUACAAGAUGUAGUCA